GACUCCACCGUCUUUACCCCUACAUAACCUGAUGUGGUUGGAUGCCAGCAGGAGCUGCCUGACAUCCAUUUAUUUCACGUUGGCACUCAAGCCACAUCUCACCUGAAGUGUCUUCCUGGCCCGGGUCAUUGUCACAGGCCACAGACACAGCAUGACGCUGCUGAGGCCGACUUGGCCAUUACUCUACUUUUUUGACAUCUUCAUGAUGGGUGUCCAGUCCUGGAUUCUCGGCACCGUCCUCUGCCUUCAUCCAAAGGGUUUGGAUGGUGUCCUGACCUUUACUGGCCACUUUGGGAUCUGGCACCUGGGCUGGCCACGAGAGGGAGCGUUCUCGACUUUCCUUGCUCUAGUCUUUCCCUUCUUCUCCAUCUCUGUCCACAGGAAGGGCAUGUCCGGGAGACAAGGGUGUGCUCACUUGCUGAACUUCCACAUCUAGGGCCGGACUGUCCUGCGAACCUGGUCUCAGUGCGGGUCGCACGGACUCAGACCACCUCAUCCACGCGGGAUCGGUGAAACGAGUCUCGGACUAGGUCAGCUGUGAGCCUGUGCCCUUCACGACCCCGCCCACUUCCAGUCCCAAGCGGCCGCGCGUAGCGGUGGGCGGAGCGUCCCGGGAGGGGGCGUGGCGACGCUAGAGGCGGCCACCUGGGGGCGGGGCUCGCGUCCCGCCACGUCCGGGGCGGAGCGCAGAUCCUGCCAAGAGCUGUGUAUCUGGAAAGCGAAGGCUGGUUGGCUAACCUCUUGGAGUCCGGCGGUCCUCGCCUCCCUGGCCGGCACCGAACGUCAUGGCCCAGCCGCCGCCCGACGUUGGAGAUGACGACUGUCUCCCUGAGUACCGCCACCUCUUCUGCCCCGACCUGCUCCAGGACAAAGUGGCCUUUAUCACAGGCGGUGGCUCUGGAAUUGGGUUCCGGAUCGCUGAGAUUUUCAUGAGGCAUGGCUGCCACACCAUCAUCGCUAGCAGGAACCUGUCAAGAGUGUCAAUGGCUGCUGAGAAACUGGCUAAUGCUACCAGCCAGCGGUGCCUCCCUUUGUCCAUGGAUGUCCGAUCUCCCACAGCUGUCAUGGCUGCUGUGGACCAAGCAUUGGAGGAAUUUGGCAAAAUUGACAUCCUCAUUAACUGUGCAGCUGGAAACUUCUUGUGCCCUGCCAGUGCAUUGUCCUUCAAUGCCUUCAAGACUGUGGUUGACAUCGACACCAUUGGCACCUUCAAUGUGUCUCGUGUGGUUUAUGAGAAGUUCUUCCGGGACCAUGGAGGGGUGAUUGUGAAUAUCACAGCGACCCUGAGUUUCCGGGGGCAGGUGCUGCAGGUGCAUGCAGGCACUGCCAAGGCAGCUGUGGAUGCUAUGACACGACACUUGGCUGUGGAGUGGGGUCCCCAGAAUAUCCGUGUUAACAGCCUAGUACCUGGCCCCAUUAGUGGCACAGAGGGAUUCCGGCGACUGGGGGGCCCCCAGGCCAGCUUGAGCACAAAGGCCCUCCUAAGUCCUCUGCAGAGGCUAGGAAACAAGACGGAGAUUGCCCACGGUGUGCUCUACCUGGCCAGCCCUCUGGCUUCCUACGUGACGGGGACUAUGCUUGUGGUUGAUGGUGGGAGCUGGAUGACAUUUCCAAAUGACAUCAAACGGCUGGUGGAUUUCAAAUCCCACUCUGCUAAACUCUAGGCUUGCUUCAAACUUGUGAUCCUCCUGCUUCAACCUUCUGAGUACUAUAAUUACAAGGGUGCACUACCAUACCUGUUUUGGGAUACAGCUUCUGAUAUAAAAAAUUUUAUCCAGAUGCAUCCCUCUACCCCUGCCCCCAAGCAGCUCACAGCAAGCCCAAGAGCACCGUAUCUAAAUUCAAUCCCACCAGUCCAGUCCUUCCUCUGGGGAUGUUGCUUUUUCCACACUCUGCCUCCCAACAGCCUAAGCAACUGUAAGCAGGAGGUGAGCCCAGCUUGCAGCCUGCCCAUGCAGUUAUCUGAGCACCGUUCCUAAGAUUUUGCCAGAAAAUGGAUUUUCUUAAAAAAUAAUCUUUUUUUACUAUAAAAACGUCUAUGCAUUGGACUUUGUGAAAGCAUUUGCAAAGAAAAGGAAAAUGAUUAAAAGAAUCACUGAGAUCCUGUCUUUUAGAAGUAGUGGUUGUGCUUCCUUCCUGUCUUUUUUUCUGUCUCUUCACCAUGGUUGCUGCCUGUGCCCUUUUUCCUGCUGCUGAUGUGGCCCAGACCCUUUGCCUUCAGAAGGGGGCAAGCAGCACAGCUUCGUGAUUCCCAGCCUGGAAGCUCGUGCUCGCAGACAGGUGUGGCCCUGUGGCUGCUCUGGUGGUAGAAAGCAUUUUUCCCUCACAGAGGCCCUUUAGCCCUGUGUCCGUCAGUCUUCUCUGAACCCCCAGCUCAUUGCUACUACAAAUCCCAAAUGUAUUCAGGUUCUGCUUCCUAAUAAGGAGGAGGUGAGAUUCGGUGUCUUCAUGUAGUUUCGCUCCUGCCCCAUUUGGGAAACACAUUACUGAGCUUACAGCUAUUAAGCUGGCAUUAGGGGACUUGUUUUCAACAUGUGACCCAACAUAUAAGGUAGGAGUAGCCACAGUUACCCUGCACUGAUCUGCCAGCAGCAGUUUCUGUGAGUGCUAUACUGCCAUCAGCAUUGCAGCCAAGGCUCUUUUCCUAUCUAGGACCAUUAGAGCCAUGCCCACAGCACACACCUGGUAUCAAACCUUGUGCAGCCUCCCUUCACAAUCCAGAUAAGGCCUCUGGGCGUCUGGACAAGAGGGGGACUUUACUUGGACAUCAGGGGCCGUACUGGGACUUGAAUCAGCAUCAUCCCAGGGCUUGGACAUGUGAGAGGCACAUGGAUCUCUUCUUGGCAGUCAGUGUACAUUCUCAACAACAGCCCUAGUGUGCAGGCCGAUGAGAGCCCAUAGCCCCUACGGUCCCUUGCACCCCCUGCCUGCCCGAAUACCUGAGCCUCACAGUGGCUUCAUCAGACACAUUUUCUCCCAGCUUCCUCUAUGGCCAGGACAGAAACACUCUUAAUUCCCUGGGGCAGCAGGUAAAGAGGGAUUGUUGGUGUCUGUACUGUCCCUCUCCAGGGGUGCAGCCCUGGGCAAGGCCCCUCUGAGCCGUGUAUCCCUGGAGCCAACAAGCCAAGUGUGGUUUUAGGGAAAUGCUCUGCUUAUAUUCAUCUCUCAAAUGUGAGUCAGCAGCCCUGACUUCAGUCCUCCAUGAAAGCCACUUUCUCAGUUUGGAGUCAUGCUAGGUAUCCCAGAGGAGCCACCCCAGUAAGAAGUGCCUUCAGUUACCUGCCAGGGUGACAAGACCCCUGCAGGGUAGACAGUUGGGUCCCCAGGGAGCUGUGGUCCCCAAAGAAAUUCCAUUUGCUCUUGGCCAGUUCCCUCCACCAUUAUAGUGUGCUUGAAGGAUCCUUGGGUCCCAGCACCUCCCUGGAAGAAGGCCACCCCUUAUCAGCCUUUGGCCUUUGCAAGUGUAGGGGACUGGUGGGCAGGCUCAGACCCAGCCCAGCUGGGAGGACAUCUGGUAGAGGGAACAGACAUCUAUGCUUGGCUCCACCAACUGUUUAUAGGUGUUGGAGGUCAAACAUAUAGUAAUGUGAAGUCCACCAGCAAGGCAGGCAAUGGUGCCUUGUGAUGCUGUUGGGGAAAACCCCAAACAUUAAGAAUAGUUGCUAGAAUCUGGGCUCAUGCCUGUAAUCCUAACUACUCAGGAGGCAGAAGUCAGAGGAUUGCUAUUAGAAGCUAGCCUGGGCAAAUAGUUUAUGAGAUCCUAUCUUGAAAAAAAUGAAGGUGCAGGCCCUGAGUUCAAACCCCAGAACCAGGGUAAAAAAAAAAUCAUAGUUGCUGGAGAGGUGUGGAGAGCAAGAGGCAGGGCAGUCAUGGACCCUUGGGAACACCAGAGAGCUCUCUGGCUGAAGCUGGGGCCAGCUGUCAUUCCCCUGGGGACUGAUUUCAGGGGAGUGGUCUGGGAGGGAUAGCGAAAGUCUGCUGGCCAUGCCUCUGUCUGCUGCCUUUGAAGGGUGGGAUACACAGUUGAGAUGGGAACACUGUCCAGCAACAGGUCUAGCUAAAUAAAGGCCAUGUACUGGGCCCUUUUGUGAGCUUCCCUCCAGGAGGUACAGACUGGAAAACAGGCACCCCAGGGCUGGACCUUUCUUUACAGACUUAGUAAGAUCAGUGUAGCUUUGCCUGUAUGUGGUGGCCAGUUUGUCUUAGAGAAAUUGGUCUCACUUUGUUUGGCUUAGACAGUUAGUCUGCAGGCCUGGGAUGGCUAGGGCCUUGGUUAGUUAUAGUCAUGCCCAGUUGGUGUCACUUGCCCAUUGGUGAGGCUGGAAAGGCAGGAUACAGAGAAUAAGAAGGGCCAGGUUAGAACCACCAGGAAGGCAGCACAUCAGCCCCAGUAGAGGGAAUCUGGCUCUUAGAGCUAACUGUCACCCUGUGGCAGGAUUUAUACCACAGUGAUUGGCAAAAAACUAGGUUAUUCCCAUCACAUCAACAAUUCCCUUCUUUAAAAUACCCUUCAAA